AUGUCUUCUUCUUCCAUUGUUGGAGAAGACUUCACUGCGUUCUACCACGGCUGGCUGAUGAAUCAGGACGCCAUCUUUGAGCAGCUUGAGUCCUUCUUGGCGGCGGCGGCGGCGGCGGAUGAUGAUCGUGAACAAUGCGGUGGGUUGGUGGGUCGGGUUUUAGCCCAUUACCAGGAAUACUACGCGGAGAAGACGAAAGCGGCGGAAGAGGAUGUUUUCGUGUUUUUCGCGUCGCCGUGGAUGAGCCGGCUGGAGCAGUCGUUCCUCUGGCUCUCCGGCUUCAAGCCGUCAAUGCUGUUCUGGGUGGUGGAGAGCUCAAUGGAAGGGGCGUUGUCGGAGGAGCAGCGGUGCAAGGUGGGAAUGCUGAGGGCGGAGACGGCGAGGGUGGAGAACGCGAUUUCUAAGGCCAUGGCGUCGGCUCAGGAGACGGUGGCGGCUCCGCCGAUUUUGGGGCUGUUGAAGAGAGCGGAGGAGCUGGUUGACGGCGAGGUGUCGGAGCUCGACGCCGUCAUGGGAGAUUUGAAGCAGUCAAUGGGGAGACUGAUGGGAAACGCCGACGCGCUUCGCGGCUCCACUGCGUCCAAAAUUCUGGAGAUUUUGAACCCCAAACAGGCUGUCAAGUUCCUGACGGCGGUGAUGAGGUUUCAACGCGAGGCCAGAAGGUGGGGUUUGUACAAUGAUUCUCAGCGUGAGGCCACGUCAACAUUAACGAAUAAUUUAUUUUGA